GUCAUGUGCUCAUGCGCGUUAAAUACCUCAGAAAAAAACUUUACUUCGAUAAGAACGCCAUAAGUCCUAGGCUGGAAGACAAAAGGGAGGUGUUUGUAAUCUAUUAAGUGAGUCUGCUAAUAGGAUUAAAAGCAAUGAAUCUUCAACGACCUACAACAAUCACACUCCAGCGAGCUAACUCUGUGGCAGGUACUUCACAAGUCCAGAACAAUGGAGUCUCAGUGCCAUUCUUCAAAGAGCAUGUAACAGAAACACUAGCAAAACAGAGUGGAGUUUUUAACGUCAGCAGUGAAGUCGUUGUCAAGACAACCAGUCAAGGCUACACUUUCAAGGCUGUUCCAGCUCAAUUAAUUACAGUGCCGAUUGCUAGUGCCAGCUCUCAGAGCAACAUGUCCCCAUUUAAAAAUGAGCCAACAUUACUGCCUAAAAACAUAUCACCAAUGAUAUUAAACACACCUCAGCGUACCAAUGUACAUCUCAUCAACACCAGUCCUAGAACUCCUCAACACAACAUGACCCAUGUGGCAGAUCACGAAGGUCACUAUUCAGGCAAACGACCACAUGAACUGUCUCCACCAGACUUCUCUGAAAGCAAAAAAAGCAGAAAAGGAGAAAAGAGUGGUAAAGGAUUACGUCACUUUUCAAUGAAAGUGUGUGAAAAAGUUCAGAAGAAGGGAACCACAUCUUACAAUGAGGUAGCUGAUGAAUUAGUAACAGAAUUUACAGACCCCCAGAGACAACUUUCUCACAGUGAUCAGUCAUACGAUCAGAAGAACAUCAGAAGAAGAGUUUAUGAUGCCCUGAAUGUUCUGAUGGCUAUGAACAUUAUUUCUAAAGAGAAAAAGGAGAUCAAGUGGCAAGGGUUACCAACCAAUUCAGCUCAAGAGUGUCAAAACCUAGAGAUAGAAAAAAAGAACAGGCUAGAAAGGAUAAAAAUCAAAAAGCAACAGCUGCAAGAUCUCAUACUACAGGUAAAAAUGAAGUUGUCUGGUUUUCAUAAUGUUCAUGAAUACAAUAAAAGCACAGUAAUAGACUGCAGUAUAUCCAAUGAUAAGACAGAAUACCUUUUUACUUUUGAUAACACCUUUGAAAUCCAUGAUGAUAUCGAAGUUUUAAAGAGAAUGGAGCUGGCUUACAAUUUAGAAAAGGGCACAUGCAAUAUUGAAGACCUGGAAAAGGCUAGAAAAUUGGUUCCAAAGGCUUUGGAGUCUUAUGUUAUAGAAAUGUACAGAGGGAAUGAAUACUUUCUUUCUGGAAUGGAUAUGGAUGACAGACUACAUGUUAGCAGAACAGGUACAAGAAGCGAGGCAUCAAGUUCUUCUGAUCCAGCCGAUAUGGAAGUUGCUAUGGCAACAGCUAAAGCACAAGGCCUCUCUAGACAAUCCAGCAUUGGAUCUCCUCUAGAUUUUCCAUCUCGUCCAAACACCAGCACACCCUCUGAGGGCUAUUCUGGUAGUGACUCUGAAGCUUCCAGUCCAGGAGACAGAAAAUGACCAUCAUGCAUACAACAUUAUUGUCAUAAAUAUAUUUUACCAAAGUGCCCUACUAGCCCUGAGUAGCUGCAAGAAUGCCAGUCAUGUGGAUUUAAGACCCUGCAUGCAUUUUAACAGAAAGUAAAACUUUUGUGAUUGGUUAGUUAAGGCUGUUUGUUUAUUUCAAAUGUAACUUUAAAAAAAAAAUCUUACCUUCUUUGUUGACAUCUGACUGAAGGCUUUAUGAUUGUCCAUUCAAAUGUUUGUCUUAAAUCCACUGGACAGUACAAAUGUUCAUGUCAGAAGAUAAAAGUGAGAGACUAUUGUUGCAUCAAGUCUCAGACUUCCAUAUGAAUUUUGGUGUUUUAGAAUGAGUGGCAAAAUUUGGUUUUAUUUGAGUAUGUUAAGUUUUUGUAAAAAUGCAACAACAUUCAACAUUUUGCUAGCUUCGUUGUUUUGUAACUUAGGUUGUCUUGAAUAAUAUGAUACUAGUAAUAGUUGUUCAAAUUGUAUGGAAUAUGUUUUAGUGGAAAGAAAUGUUGAACUGAUUUUAUGGAGAAUGUAUGGAUGUGUUUCUUUUCUCUGAGUAAGACUGAUGGUUUUAGAUAUUGUAUUCUAGCAUUCAUGAUUUAAAAUGUUUAUUGUUAUCAUUUGGGAUGUUUAGUAAUAAAUUCAGUCCUCAUGUUUGCUAUGUUUUUAUGUUAUAAACAAUAACAUUUUAGUAAAUAGUUUAGAUUUCUUUAUACAACUAUGUUUAGACAAGAUUUUAGAUCAUAUUAGAUUUGCAUGGUAUUCAUUGCUAAAUUUAUAAAAAGUUUUCUAAUUAAUUAUAUAGGUAAUGAUGUAUUGCCUGGUUUUGGUGUUUUAUCAUUAAACAGUUUCAAGAUUAAAAAAAUAUUAUAAACACUACAAGAAAAAUGACCGAAAUGAUUAGAAUCUAUAAUUUCUAGUGUGUUCAAAAAGUUGAAGAAGAAUUUUAUUUUUAGUUUGUUAUAAUAAUCAAAAGGUUGUUUACAUAAAAACUGUAGGAAAACAAUAAUUUAGACUAGUUUUAAGAUUUCGUCUCUUUCAAAGUAAUUUACUUAGGUUCAAAAUUUGAUUCUUAAUGAUUUACAGUUGUAAAUAAUAACAUAGAUUGAUUAAUUACACAGCAGUUGUUAAAUCAUUUUGUAUCUUAAAACCUUAUAGCAUUUACUGGAUUGUUCUGUGAAAUAUUAACUGAAAAAUAUAAAUAACCUUAUUAUCCAGAAUGUGUAGUGCAAUUAGAACUAGAUAUAACUGGAGUACAUUAAGGGUAUACAUAGUGUAUGAAUAUGUGGAAAUUACAUGAGAUUGGGGGUGUUACAUAAUUAAGAACAUGUAGUGUAUUCGUCAUUCCUUUCAGAACUAGAAUAUUUGUAUAUCUGAGAAUAGAAUGGUAUAAAACAGAUGUCAGUACUGAAGUAUAUAAUCAACAUUACAGCCAUCAGAACUGAAAACUUUUGUGUAUGCUGUACAACAGUAAGGUUUGUAUAGUUGUUAGUUUGGAAAUGGAAUAGUAUAUGAGCCAGAAUUAUAGGGUUUUAGAGGCAGUAUACACGUUAAUCUGCAAAAUGGUGUCAUUGAUUAUCUGAUCUAAGAUGAUGUGCAAAUCCUAAGAAUUAUCACAAAUAUCCAAAGGGUUAUGAUUUGAUAGUUUAUUACAUAUUGGUAGUAACUUAAAUGUGAGGAUUGAAGUUUGAUUGUUUAAAAGCACAUUUGUCUGAGCCAUAAAUGUACUUUUCAAAAAAGGGAUAAGUAGAUAAUAUAGAGGUAGGGUAUCAGACGUUGAUUGUGCCAUAUGCAUGCAUACUGUUGAUAAACUUGGUAAUCCAAUAUGCUCAAUUUAAUUGGUCAAGGAUGCAUAUUGAAAUAGACACAUUAAAAAUUUAUACUGUUGUAAUGUAAGCUGCAUAUGAGUGGUUGAAUAUUAUUUGUGAAUCCUCUAGACCACACUUUGAUAGCAGUGAAAAAUUAAUAAUGUUUAUAACCUCAUAUGUGUUGCUUGUAAUCAUUUUUCUACUAAAAUACUUCACUUGUAAUUGAAGUGAAAGAUACGAGACAGUGGGUGGAACAGCCUAGUCAGUAAUAAAAAAUUAAAAUAUGAAAACAGUCAUUUGGACAUUUUGUUUUAAAAUUAUUUUACUUUACUGUGUUUUGCUUUGUUCUUUAUGUUUAGAAGAAACAUAAAAAAACUCAAAUCAAAACUUCAAAUAUUCAUGUUUUCCCCUUGUUUUUAACUGAGAAACUAUAAAGCAUUUAAGAUUUUUAUUUAACCAGUCUCCUUUUAAAAAGGAAUAGCCUGCUACAUGUACCUGACAUAAUCUUUUUAAGCACCUCUGCAUAAAGCUUAACUGGUUUAUACUUUACUCAGAAUGAUAUAUCAGGCCUUCAGUGAAAUUCAUACCCGUGAUCUUCUUUUUUAUUGUCUACAUACAUUUACAGGUAAUAAUUUUUUUUAUUCUUUAAGUUUACAUUAAGAGAUGAUGUAACUUGUGCAGUUCUAAUGCAUUAUUAACAAAAACUUUAUGAUAGAUUCUAUAAUCCAGGUCAUAAAUAAAACUCUUGGACCAUCCCCUACACAAACUUUACAGGUAACCAAAGUUUUUAUCUGAAGUCCUGUUACUCUACGGGACUUUUUUAAAAUAAAGGUGUAAGUACAAUAAACUUUGAAGGUACUAGCCUUAAGCUUUCUUUAGUGAAAAUAUUUACUGUUUUGAUAAUCUAAUAAAGGAUAAUUUUAGAUUCUUUAUUCUAAACGUUUUAGUAAUUGUUAUUCUCAUCUUAUUAAUGAAACUUUGUUGAUUUGAAUUUACCAAGGAAUGCUUUUAUGUCCAUACUUUUAUAAAAAAGAACCAUUAAAAGAAAAAUUAAUUUCAAUUGCUAUUCUAGAAGUACUUUUUAUUCGAACCCCAUAAACCAGCUGUUACUUUUUGCUACUGAUUUAUUAUAAAUGUUUUCUUGUACUCCACAUUUACUUUAGUGUGUUACUUUAAUGAUGGCUGGCAUAUAUGUAUAAUCCAUAUAUAUGUAUAUGUUUGCAUGUUGAAUAAUAUUCAACAUUAACUAGAGAAAACUACUUUGUGGAUAUAUUGGAAACAAUUUUUAUUUAGUUCUUCAUAGUUGAACAAUUUAUCUUUCCAGGACAAUAUGGCUGAUUAAUUUUAGCAGACAUUUGAUACGCUAACCAUAUUUCUCACGGACUUCGUAUGUCAUUUUAUAGUGGCUUUGAUAACCCAAAGAAGAGAGGAGAAGUCCAUAAAAAAACAAUGUCUGUAUGAUAAACACAUUGUAAAAGAAUACCUGUACAUUUUUUUGUCUCUUGAUAAUUGUGAGACCUGUAAUGAAUGUUCUAUGUUUUAGUGCUAAAUAGAAAGGUUAUCACUGGCAAUAAGAUAGAACUAAUUAUAACUAAAGGACCAAUGGCCACCUUAAUGUUGUGGAAACUGCUGUGAUGACAUGUAUAAUUAGCCUUAUCCAAACUAAAUUUAUAACUUGUAUACACUAAAAAUAUUACCUUACUGAACUGUGAUGCACUCAAGUGACAAGUUGUUGUCUGAAUGGUGUAAAUUCCUUAAAGACCUGUAUAUUGUUUAUUUUUAAAAACCUGUUAUCAUCAAUGCUAGUUUUGUGUAGUUUUGUUCUUUGAAAUCUUUUACUCUGUUGUGACUGUUUCACUAUUGUACAUAAACACAAAACAUGUUCUUUUGCAUCAAUGUGUGAAUUAUUUUGGAAAUUGGUGAGAACAUUUGUGCUUUUAUGUAAGACUGCAUACAAUUUGAAGUAGGUUUGGGAAUGACAGGAUAUUUUUUAUGUAUCACAGCCUUUAUUCAAUCAUUAUCUAAUUAGCAUGUGUCCAUUUGAUUUUUCAGAGGUGCUUCAAUUUACUCCUUUGUAAUUGUUGUAAUUAAGUUAUCCUUUUGGGGUUAAACUUGUAUAGAUCAAUGGUAUAUUCUGUAAAUAGGGCAGUUCUAUGCUUUCCAUUCCUAUAGUUAUUGUUAUAUAUCACAACAGUGUCUGCUCUGCAUAUAUAUGUGAUUGAUCAAAGAUAGACAAUGAAACAUUAAAAUAGUUUAUGAAUUCCAA